AUGCGCAAGUGUUAUUUCUUUCUACUGCUAUUACUUGCUAUUGUCGGAUGCAUCGAGGGUUUUGCCAACAAUGCCAAGAAUCAAAGAGAUUCCGACUCCGUUCUUGCCAUUGACAACAAUGGUGUCAAAACGAAAACUACUACUACGACUGCAAAAGACACGGAAGAAGAAGAAGAAGAGAGGUUUGAAAUUCCUGGAAUGCCGAACUUGAUAUCGUAUUUGAAAGAGAAAAGUUCUGCUAUUGCAAGGUUUAUCGAAAACAAUCCGAGAGUUGUCAAAUACGUUGGAGGGUUAAAGAAUGAAAAGGAUCUUACUAAAAGCAAGACUAUCAGUGGCAAAAGUAAGGGUGUUGCAGCUCCUAAAGAGCCUGGGAUGAUUAAAUCAUUCUUCAAAAGAGUCAGGGCUAUGGAUGUUACUGGGGAUUUAAAAGGUAUGAUCGUUGCAUACUGCAUAUUGUUAAUGGCAACUGUUGCAAUUGUCGUGAUAGGAUUUCGUGUCCAUCAGCAUAGUGUUAGUUCUGCAAAUACAUUAGUAUAA